UAAAUUUAUGUUGUACAUGUAGCUUUGAUAGUGUUAUGUUUAAGUAAUUUUUAAAGGUGUAUUUUUCAACGAAAAAGUUCAUUAUAAUCUUAAAGUGAACAAUUAAUAAACUGAAAUUUUAAUGUUUAAAUUAUUAUCAAUUUGCAAUAUAUAAAAAAAAAUAGUUUUAUACAGUGAUUGUGUUACAAAUAAAUUAAAUUUAUUUUAUGAAAAACGAAUUUUGAUAUAAACAUGUCCAGCACAUCACAAAAACAUAAAAACUUUGUGGCUGAACCAAUGGGUGAUAAACCUGUUACAGAUCUUGCUGGAGUUGGAGAAGUUUUAGGACGUAGAUUAGAAGCAGCUGGUUUUGAUAAAGCAUAUGUUGUUCUUGGGCAAUACUUGGUUUUAAAAAAGAAUAGAGAAUUAUUUCAAGAAUGGAUGAAGGAUGCAUGUUCUGCCAAUGCAAAACAAUCUAGUGAUUGUUAUCAGUGCCUCUCUGAUUGGUGUGAAGAAUUUUUGUAAAAUAAUUAAAAUUUAAUGUUAAUAUUAUACAAAAAUGAAACUUUUAAUAUAGCAAAGAA